AGCGGAAGUGCGGACAGCAACAAACGCGGCGAGGCAAGAUGGCGGCGGCCAAGAGAAAGCGGCGUGGGAGCCUGGAGGUUCAAGCAAAGAAGCCAAAAAGGAGCCGGAAAGAUGCCGGGCAGCCAGCUAAGCAGGCCGAUGUGGCAAAAGAGGAAGAGGAAGAAAAUAGAGAUCGUAUUCCAGGUCCCGUUUGCAAGGGCAAAUGGAAAAAUAAGGAGCGGAUCCUCAUCUUUUCUUCCAGAGGAAUAAAUUUCAGAACAAGACACUUAAUGCAAGACUUGAGAAUGUUGAUGCCUCAUUCUAAAGCAGAUACUAAAAUGGAUCGUAAAGAUAAAUUAUUUGUGAUAAAUGAGGUCUGUGAAAUGAAAAAUUGCAACAAAUGCAUCUACUUUGAAGCUAAGAAAAAACAGGAUCUCUAUAUGUGGCUUUCAAAUUCACCUCAUGGGCCAUCUGCCAAAUUCUUGGUUCAAAAUAUUCACACCCUGGCUGAACUAAAGAUGACUGGAAACUGUUUGAAAGGUUCUCGGCCCCUUUUGUCUUUUGACCCUGCUUUUGAUGAGUUGCCACAUUAUGCUCUGCUAAAAGAAUUCUUAAUUCAGAUCUUCAGUACACCACGGUACCAUCCCAAGAGUCAGCCGUUUGUGGACCACGUGUUUACAUUCACCAUUCUGGAUAACAGGAUAUGGUUUCGGAACUUCCAGAUUAUAGAAGAAGAUGCUGCUCUAGUGGAAAUAGGACCUCGUUUUGUCUUAAAUCUAAUAAAGAUUUUUCAGGGAAGCUUUGGAGGACCAACCUUAUAUGAAAAUCCUCAUUACCAGUCUCCAAAUAUGCAUCGUCGAAUCAUAAGGUCCAUGACAGCUGCAAAGUACAGAGAGAAACAGCAAGUCAAAGAUGUUCAGAAAUUGAGGAAGAAAGAACCAAAGACUGUUCUACCACAUGAUCCCACUGCAGACGUGUUUGUUACACCAGCAGAGGAGAAACCAGUAGAAAUACAGUGGGUGAAACCAGAGCCCAAAGUGGAUCUGAAAGCAAGAAAGAAACGGAUUUACAAAAGGCAUCGGAAACUACAACAGAAGAUGGGCAGAGGGAGUGCAAAAGGAAUCAGUGGAUAACUAUCUUUUAGUUAUUAUAUAUUUUGUAUUCCAUGUGUAAAUACUUUUGGUAUAUAGAACUAGCUAUGUCUAAUUAGGGUGCCAUUUUAAAAAAUUAAAAUCUUUAAGUCAGUGUUGGUCUUUUUCUAAAUAAACCAUCUUCAGAACUCA